AAGAAUAACUUUGUGAUUUGAACAUAACAAUGGGUUAUCAGGUAAGAAGUUUCGGAUCCGUGAAACCGAAACCGAACCGCUGUCCUAGCUUCAGUUACAAGGGUGGGUGGGUGGGUGCGUCUAAUUGAUCCCUCUCUAAACUACCCUAAUCUUCAUGGCAACUCGGCGAUGCAUUCAACUCUUCAUUUAUUUCUUAGCUACAUGCUCUUCGCUUGCCGAUUCAGUUUCAAGUCCGGUGCCCGUCAACAAAUUUCUGAUGCAGUCCUAUUACGACAGAUACACGAUUUUACACGAUUCGGAUUUUGAUAAUUUUAUGUCUCAAGCAAUCCCUUCUGGUUCUUCGUGUGGAUUUGUGUUGAGAUUGUCAGAUUUAAAGCGCACUCUUAUUGGUGAAGGUUCACAUCGUAGUGUCUCUACAUUAAUCAAAUUUCAGACCCAACAGUUAAAGUCUGAACUGUUAAGCUACUCAUGUGAAUUCAUAAUUAUUGAAAGAUUGCCUUCUGGAGUUUUUGCUGAUCCAUUUGAGUUACAACAUCUUGUUCACCGUGGCAUUUUCAGUGAUGUAGCUGUCUUUGGUGACACAAAUCUGGAGCUGCCUUCAUUCUUGUCCAAUCGUUCUGCUGUUGAAAUUCACUUGCUUGUUGACCCAAAUAUAUUGCAAGAGCCAACUGAUAUAAAAAUGGAGCUUCCAUUGCAUGCUCGAUAUCAACCCCUUAAUGAAAGUGGGUACUCGACGGUUGAAUUUGGUGCACCGGAUAUGUUAGUGCGCUGCGGCACAAAAGGAAAGGUGGAAAACCACUAUUGCUUCUUCAAAUUGGAAAAGGAUGACGCCAAUCUGUAUGGUCCUCAUACUGUUUGGAGAAUACCUUCUGGAAUAAAGGCACAUGCUGAUCUUGUUUCUGCAGCUACAUUUAUUGCAGCUUUGUUAUCAACUCUUGCAAUUGUUGUUGCAUCAUUAUAUUAUUCCAAUAGCUGACUGAGAUAAGAACUAAAACAAUGGUAAGGAGAUGAUUGGUUCAAAGGAGGGGAAGGGGAAGGGGAAGGAAGAGGAAUUUUAACGAUCGGAGUAAGAGGAAAGGCGAGAAAAAAAAAACUUUGAUUAAACAUUCUAUACUAUUGGUUAAAAAGACGGGAAGAGAGAUAGACUUUUUCUUGUUUGACUCACAAGGAGGAAGAAGAAAUUUUAGAAAAUAAUUCACUUUUGUAUUCUUAAAAUUUGGAUUUCAAAAUAUAAGUAGGAGUAUUUAUUCAAUACAUUUGACUUUUUUAAAAUUAUCACACCUCCCUUCCAAAUUUUCCAAUAUUGAAUGAGAGCAAAAGAUUAGACGCCGAGGAAUUUUGCUUCUUUUUCCUCCUAAAAUUGAACCAACAAUAAAACCUUAUAGAAAUUCCUCUUCUCUUUUCUCCUCCCCUCCAAAAGCUUUUUGAAAUGUAUUUUUCUUUUAUGGUUGUAAACAUUUGGGUUAUGUUUGGCAAAUAUUUUCAGCUAGCUUUUAGUUGUUAUACUA